AAAAAAAGAAAUCUUGGUCGUGGCUUUGGCGGUGGUAGUAGCCUCUUUGCUCGACGUACUCUUCCUUUAGCCGUUCCUCGCUCUGCCAUACACCCACCGCCCACCACCACCAUAAUCAUCAACAACCGCCUUAAAACGCAAUCCUCUCUUCUUCACGCGCACACACAGAUCUAUUAUACUUAUGAAUGGCGUGGCUGGAGCUUGGAAAGAAGAGAAUUUAUAUGAAUAUUUCUAGAGCUUUGAAUACAUCUUCAUUUAGGCGUGUGGCAGGGUCAAGCAGUGGACCUAUUUAUACUGCACAAUCUGUUUAUGCAUCAGCAAGAUGCAUGCCAGACCUCAUCAGCCACACAUCUGUGGGAGUGGCUAGUUUUUUCAGUGGGACUAAAGGUGAUAUACGGUGCUUCCAUGCUAGUCCGGAAGUUUGGGCAAGAAGAGGUGAUGAGGCAUUUGGGUUGAAGGCCCCAAAGAAGGAGAAGUAUGUAAGAAAGGAAGGUAGGAACCAGCCACCUGUUGAAGCUCGAUAUGUCCCUCGUAAUGUCAAAGCACCCAAAUCUAAUCCUGAUAAAACAGUAGAAGUAUUUGAAGGCAUGACCCUUGUUGAACUGGCAAAGCGUACUGGAAAAUCAGUAUCUUCUUUGCAGGAUAUCCUCACAAAUGUUGGUGAAAAGGUUGAAUCAGAGUUUGAACCUCUCAGCAUGGAUACUGCAGAGCUUGCUGCAAUGGAAGUUGGAGUCAACGUUAAGAGGUUACAUUCAGUUGAGGGUACUGAAAUUGUACCACGCCCUCCAGUUGUAACAGUGAUGGGCCAUGUUGAUCAUGGUAAAACUUCUCUUCUCGAUGCCUUGCGACAAACAUCAGUGGCAGCCAGAGAGGCUGGUGGCAUAACUCAACAUCUUGGUGCUUUUGUGGUGGUCAUGCCAUCUGGGGCAUCAAUCACAUUCCUUGACACCCCUGGUCAUGCUGCAUUUAGUGCAAUGCGAGCAAGAGGUGCAGCAGUCACAGAUAUAGUAGUGCUAGUUGUUGCUGCAGAUGAUGGAGUGAUGCCUCAAACACUCGAAGCCAUGUCCCAUGCAAAAGCAGCUAAUGUACCAAUUGUUGUUGCAAUUAAUAAAUGUGAUAAACCAGGUGCAAAUCCUGAGAAAGUAAAACUGCAGCUUGCUUCAGAGGGCUUGAUGUUGGAGGAAAUGGGUGGUGACAUUCAGGUCAUUGAAGUUUCAGCACUUCAAAAAACCGGACUGGAUAACCUAGAGGAAGCUUUACUCCUUCAAGCCGAAAUGAUGGAUCUGAAGGCACGAAUUGAUGGGCCUGCUCAAGCUUAUGUGGUAGAAGCAAGGCUUGACAAAGGACGCGGUCCAUUGAUAACUACCAUAGUUAAAGCAGGGACCUUAACUUGUGGUCAGUAUGUGGUUGUAGGCUCAGAGUGGGGAAGAAUAAGAGCUAUUAAAGACAUGGUGGGAAGGUUAACUCAACGAGCAACACCUGCAAUGCCUGUUGAAAUUGAAGGGCUUCGAGGGUUGCCAAUGGCUGGUGAUGAUGUUAUUGUUGUUCAUUCUGAGGAGCGAGCCAGAAUGCUUAGUUCUGGUAGGACAAGGAAAUUUGAGGAGGAUAGACUUAGGAGGAAGUUGAAUGAGGGCAUCCCAUCUACAUUGGAGUCAUCAGAGGAGGUUCCGCAGAGGGUUGAGAUGCCAAUAAUAGUAAAGGCAGAUGUUCAGGGAACUGUUCAAGCUGUCACAGAUGCAUUGAGAACUUUAAAUAGUUCUCAGGUUCUGGUGAAUGUUGUUCAUGUUGGUGUUGGGCCCAUCUCUCAAUCUGACGUGGACUUAGCACAAGCUUGUGGUGCGUGCAUAGUCGGAUUCAAUAUCAAGAAUCCACCCACUGCUCUUAGUCAGGCAGCAACUCGUGCCAGUAUCAAGUUGAUUCUGCACCGUGUUAUUUACCAUCUUUUGGAGGACAUAGGAAAUUUGAUAAUAGAGAAGGCCCCUGGUACUUUUGAGACCCAGGUGGCUGGGCAGGCAGAGGUGCUGAACAUCUUUGAAGUGAAAGGGAGCAAGUCAAAGGGACCUGAUGUUAAGAUAGCCGGUUGUCGGGUUGUAGAAGGUUUUGUGGUGAGGACAGGAACCAUGAGGCUCCUGAGAAGCGGGGAAGUCGUGUUCGAAGGAAAUUGUGCAUCUCUUAAGCGGGAGAAGCAGGAUGUGGAUACUGUGAAGAAGGGUAAUGAGUGUGGAUUAGUUAUCAGUGAUUGGUACGAUUUCCAGAUUGGAGAUGUUAUUCAGUGCUUGGAACAGGUCGUCAGGAAGCCCAAGUUCAUUAAGUCAGAGAGUGGUGCUGUUCGAAUUCAGUGCUGACACAGUCUUGUGCUCAAUUUUACACACCAAGCCACCAAUAAACACUUACAUUAAGGUAAUUAAUUAUCGUUGCACAUAGAGAAGAAAGACAAGGGUGAUUAACUGUAGAGGUAUAGUGUAAUAGGUUUUUGACACCAAAAUUCCUAUUAGGAACGAAAUGUGUUAUACGGUACCAUUCCACAAACCCUAAAAAAAAAAACUUAAGGGUUUAUCUAUAUCUUGUGUUCUUAAGUGGACAUGAUAAGAUUAUAAAUUGAGAAAGUUUUUAUUUAUUAGAAAUACAAAAAAUUUAAGUUUUUAAUACAUUUGUUUUGCAUUUAUUAAAUGAGAAAAAAAUUAAAAUCUUUCAAUAAUGAUAAGCUUAUCAUGCGGUCUUAGAGCACAUAUUAGUUAAAUUCAAAACUUAAAUAGUAUUUUCAGUGCAGAUUACAAAAGAUAUCAAUCUAAUGGUGGGGAGUCCAGAUAUAAUGAAUUAUAAUUUUGUAAUCUUUUUUUCUUUUUGGCAAACUAAGUUCUUGUAAUUUGACUUGAAUUAAAUGCCUAAGUACUUCAACUGAGGUUGUACUUUCA